GCCAAACACCCCCUAAAUGAACCAUGGCUUAUUUGUUCGAACCACAAUAGGGUUUUUGCAAACCGAACAUAAAACACCAUUGGUGAUCCUCAAAACCUCCAACACAUAAAUGGCGAGUGACGAAGAAGACUUCGUGUUCUUCGGAACACCGAUUGAACGGGAAGAAGAUACAAUCAGCCGGAAGAAAAAAUCGAUUGCAGAAGCUUCUGGUCAGCUACGAACCCUCGCUCCUUGGAAACAAGAGGUUAGAGACGAAGAAGGAAGAAGAAGGUUUCAUGGGGCAUUUAGCGGAGGUUUUUCUGCUGGUUACUUCAAUACUGUGGGCUCUAAAGAGGGGUGGACACCACAAACAUUUACAUCAUCAAGGAAGAAAAGAGCUGAAAUUAAGCAACAAGACCUUUCAAACUUUUUGGACGACGAUGAGAAAGCUGAAUUGGAAGGCAAUUCUUUGGGGACAUCUAUGCAGUUUGACACUUUCGGAUUUACUGCAGCAGAAAUAGCUAGGAAGCAGUCUGAGAAGGAACAAAAUGAGAGGCCAUCAGCUAUUCCUGGGCCUGCUCCUGAUGAACUAGUUGUUCCAGCCACGGAUUCCAUUGGUGUCCGAUUAAUGCUGAAAAUGGGAUGGCGUCGUGGUCAAUCAAUAAAAAGUUCAAAGAGUACGCAUUAUGAUGCUCGGAGAGAAGCAAGAAAAGCUUUUCUUGCUUUUGCGGGUCCCGAGGAUGCUGAAGCUGAAGAUGCCAUGGAAACUGCUGCAGAGCUCCCUACUGAUGAUCUUAAUCGGUUUCAGAAAAGUACUCCGGUUUAUGUGCUAAAUCCAAAGCAGGAUAUGUAUGGUCUAGGCUAUGAUCCGUUCAAAGGUGCUCCUGAAUUUAGGGACAACAAAAGGUCACAUUUACCUGGGAAUAGAGAGUCGGGGCACAAAAAAUCGCAUCCAAAGAAAGACGGGCUCUUUUCUUUCAAACCAAGAAAUGUUGCACCUGGUUUUGGCAUUGGAGCCCUUGAAGAGCUUGAUGCAGAAGAUGAGGAUGUAUACGCGUCAGGUUAUGAUUUUGAAGCUUUUGUUGAAGAAGUUGAGGAACCUUCAAGAUUGGCAAUAGAGGAUAAAAAGAAGCCCAGUUCAAAACAAAACGAUGGUGUUUUGCCCGGUUUUAAAGCCGCAUCCAAUACUGACUACCAGUUAGAAAGAUUUGACCCUCCAGUAGUUCCAAAGGAUUUCGUGCCACAUCAUAAGUUCCCCACUACACUAUCGGUCAACCAAAAGUUGACCGAAGCACCUCCACCAGAGGUUCCUCCACCCGUGGAUAACAACUUGAAGGUUUUGAUUGAAGGAGUUGCAACUCUGGUGGCUCGUUGUGGCACAUUAUUCGAGGAACUUUCUAGAGAGAAAAACCAGUCAAAUCCGUUAUUUAACUUUCUUAACGGUGGAGAUGGCAACGAUUACUAUAAACGGAAGCUAUGGGAGGCAAGACAAAAACACGGAGACAAAACGAAACCAUUGUUGAAUGAAAAAGUAGCUCCAAACGCGCAAAAGAUGAGCGCAGAAACGCGUGGAAACAUUUUAGGAGAAAAACCUCUGAACAGAACCACAAAGGAGUUGAAACCUGUUGCCCCUGCCACUGAUAAUGUUAACCUUCAGUUUCAUUUAUCUGAUACAUUCACCGAGCCUGCAUUGUUUGUGGAGCCUACCGAAAUAGCAAAACCAUUCCAACAUGACCCUGCAAAGCAAGAACGAUUUGAGCAGUACCUAAAGGAGAAAUAUCGUGGAGGUCUACGCACAAUAGACGCUGGUGGAUCAAGUAAAAUGUCAGAGGCUGCUCGUGCUCGUGAACGAUUGGAAUUUGAUACUGCCGCAGAGGCAAUAACGCAGGGAAAAUGGGGAAAAGAAAGUCAACUUUCCAGUCAACAGAUAUUGGGUGCAUCAACAGGUCUAGGGUUACAGUUCACUUCUGGCGGAUCAGAGAUGAACGGAGUUAGUCAAACUGAAGAAGUUACAACAAAGAGUAUGUUCCCGAAGCGUGAAGAAUUUCAGUGGCGGCCUGCACCUAUCUUAUGCAAGCGCUUUGAUUUAAUCGAUCCUUACAUGGGAAAGCCGCCACCUCCUCCUAGGUCAAGGAGCAAGUUGGAUUCUCUUAUCUUUAUGCCAGAUUAUGUUAAGGCUGCAACAGACGAUAAAAAUACCUUCUCGAAUAUCUCAUCACCUCAAGUAGACGAAAACAGGAGAACGAAUGUUUUGGAUGCUGAAGAUAAGGUUGAGGUUGAAAAUGUAGAGGUUGAAAACGUUGAGAGACCUGUCGACCUUUAUAAGGCUAUAUUCUCUGAUGAUUCGGAUGAUGAAGAUGAAAAUAUUAACACCGAUCAACCCGAAGAUCCAACAAAGAAAAUAGAAGUUGCGAAUACGGCUUUAAGUCGUUUAAUGGCUGGUGAUUUUCUGGAAUCACUGGGAAAAGAGUUAGGCCUUGAGGUUCCCCCUGAUCAACCGUACAACCCCCCCGAAGCGAUUAAAAAACCGACAGUUCAGGACAUCCCUCAGAAACAUGAACCAAUCGAUAAUGACGCACAUAAAAAUGUUAGUAGACAAAAUACUAAAGAGCUUAAGGAGACCACGUUUAAAAGGGACGAAGGUUCUUCGGACGAUGAGAAAAGUCGGAAACGAUCCAAACGAGAUUAUGGUAGUACAGGUGACUCAUCUGAUGGUUAUAGGGACCGAUAUAGUUCUUCAAGGCAUAAAGGAAGAAAAAAGGAGACGAAAGCUAAAAGGGACAAAAGUUCUUCGGAUGAUGAAAAAAGUCGGAAACGAUCUAAACGGGAUUACGAUAGUGCAAGUGACUCGUCUGAUGGUUAUAGGGACCGACAUAGUUCUUCAAGACGUAAAGGAAGAAAAAAGGAACACAGAAAACACUCGAAGCAUAGACAUCAUGAAUCAUCUAGCAGAUCUCGACAUUCUGCAGAUAAAGAGUAUCCCGAUAGCAAGAGUGAGAGGAGGAAAAGGAGAGACUGAAGAAGAAAACUUUACAAAUGAGCAUAGCAUAUGAAUACAAAUCGUGAAGUAUGUUCCAAUCUUCCAUACCCGUCAUCGGUCUACUACAUUGAAAUUAUGAACCGCGAUUUCCAAAUCACUAGCCAUUGUAGUAGCAUGGUGUCGAAAUGAGUUUUAAAGCUUCAUUAUACUCUUGUUGGGUACUGAUCGUUUGGAUAGAUCUAAAUUUACUUAAAGGCAGGUGAAUACUUGAAUAGUUGUUUUAGAAAGAUUUGUAUGUGCGACGUCUUUCUAGGACUGCAUAGAUUCUGUCAAAAUAUCCACAGCGAUGACGAUCUUUCUUUCA